GAGAAAAGUGGACCAGGGCCCCAUUGGGAUGCCUUCACCGCCAUGGCGGCAAAAGCCUUCUCCGCGCAAGCGAGCCUGGGCCCAAUGCCUUCACCGCCUUGGCUGCUGGAGCUUCCUGUGUCUCUGCGCACUGAAAAGACAAGGCAGCGAAGGUGGAGAAAUGACUUGAUGACGAUGGCAGCGCUGCCUGUUGUCAGGUCGUGCUUCCGCCGCAGAAAGGCAUUCAUUUGGCCAGCUCUUGUAUGUGGGCCUCCUGCAGUUGCAGAGGUGGACUUGGCAGACAUGUCAAGAGGCAUGCUUGGCGGCGAUCGUGACAUUUACUAUCCAGAGUGGUUCCUUGGUGAAUGGGAGGCCACCACCGAGUUGGUUGCUGUCGAGCUCCCACAGGGAGAGUCUGACAAGGAUGCCUUAAAGCAGCGGCAGAUCGUGGGAACUGAGAAGGCAGUGGAGCAGUAUCCACAGAAAUACAUUGAGUUUGACAGUAAGAUCAUUGCAGACCGCGCGUACAAUAUGCGAAGCUACAUCUGCGGCACUGGGGGUGGCCCCCGUGCUUUGGAAUCUGUGGAGUGGGAUCCAAGAAGCCCGAAUGUCUCCUCGGUCACAAUCAAGCGAGAUGGGCUCUCGAUUAAGACUGAGACGCGUGUUAAGAAGCGAACAGUUGCAGUUCCAGAAGGACGCACGGAUCUCUUCAAUAGCAGCGAGGUCUUUUUGCAGGAAGUCAGUGGAUCAGCGGACGGUGACAAAGUGACACCGAUUCGGUGUGUGAAUAAGUUUAAGAGGAACAAUUCAGAGAUCCUGGUUCUACAGAGACUGGAGAUCUUCGCUCGCUAUGAUGGAAACAAUCCAGAAGUUUUGAAUCUGGAGAGGCCAUCACUGGUUUACAAGUACAAAGGAGUUCUGAGACGCUUGUGAUGUGCAAACGUGCGAAAAAGUGACGUGCGUGUUGCGAAUGAUAAGUCUUGGUGCAAGAUGGAUUGACGCCUCGACAUCAAGUAGAGCGGAUAGAA